AUGUCUGGGCCUGCGAAGAUCCUCGUUAUCGGCGCAGGCGAGCUGGGUAACCAAGUCUUACACUAUCUUGCUCAGCACCCUAAUCAAGGUGGCGCAACUAUUGCUGUUUUACUACGGCCCUCGAGCAUCGCAUCCACCCAUCCGAACAAAGUCAAGGAACUCGAGGAACUGCGCAAUCUGAAUGUGCAACUUAUUCCUGGUGACAUUGCCAAAGAUUCCGAAAAGCACCUCUCCAACAUCUUUGGUGAAUACGACACAAUCAUCAGCUGUACCGGCUUUGCAGCUGGCUCUGGCACUCAGCUCAAACUUGCGCGUGCUGUUCGGGCGGCUCAAGUUCCGCGAUACGUGCCCUGGCAAUUUGGAGUCGAUUACGAUAUUAUCGGACGGGGAUCCGCGCAAGAUCUAUUCGAUGAGCAGCUUGAUGUGCGGGAUCUGCUGCGCUCCCAGAACCGGACGAAGUGGGUGAUCAUAUCGACCGGCAUGUUCACUAGUUUCUUGUUUGAACCUUGGUUUGGUGUCGUCAACUUCAAGGAUGAUACCAUAGCGGCCCUUGGAAGCCUUGAUAACAAGGUGUCUGUAACAGCACCGGAGGAUAUCGGCAAGAUUACUGCUGAGGUUGUGCUUGGCUCAAGAGCUGACUCGGUCUUCGGUAACAAGCCGAUCUAUGUGGCUGGAGAUACCUUGACUUAUGAACAGCUGGCGCAGUUAGUGGAGAGGAUCACCGGACGCAAAUUUACGAGGCAUAUAAGAACUGUGGAGGCUGCUCGGGCUGACCUUGCAAGGGACCCUGACAACACCUUGUUCAAAUAUCAGAUCGUUUUUGGUGAAGGGCGUGGUGUAGCGUGGGAUUUGUCCGAGACGUGGAAUUGUCAGGCUGGGAUCCAUGCUUUGACUGCGGAGGAAUGGGCCCGACUUCAUUUGCAGAAUAUCAUAUAG